GAGAGUCGGGAUUUCUUGCCUGUGUCGGCGCUGGUCCUUAGUUGCUAAGGGUGGCCUUUGGGGAUGGGAGUUGAAGGGAACCUCAAAGUAUUCUGGUCCUUGCGAGCUGUCAAGUCUGAGGGGCUUGGGCUCCUCUGGCCUCAAAGAAAUAAGUUGGGAAACCCGGAGGAGCAUCCAGGAGAAACUCAGCCACCUGUGACCAAUUUGAGUGUUUCUGUUGAAAACCUCUGCACAAUAAUAUGGACAUGGAACCCUCCUGAGGGAGCAAGCCCGAACUGUAGUCUAUCGUAUUUUAGUCAUUUUGGCAACAAACAGGAUAAGAAAAUUGCUCCAGAAACUCAUCGUUCAAAAGAAGUGCCCCUGAAUGAGAGAAUUUGUCUGCAAGUGGGGUCCCAGUGUAGUACGAAUGAAAGUGAGAAACCUAGCAUUUUGGUGGAAAAGUGCAUCUCACCCCCUGAAGGUGACCCUGAGUCUGCUGUGACUGAGCUGCAAUGCAUUUGGCACAACCUGAGCUACAUGAAGUGUUCUUGGCUCCCUGGCAAUAAUACGAGUCCCGACACUAACUACACGCUCUACUACUGGCACAGCAGCCUGGGAAAAAUUCUUCAGUGUGAAAACAUCUAUAGCGAAGGUCAACGUAUCGGUUGUUCCUUUAAUCUGAAGGAUUCCAGUUUGGAACAAGGUAGCGUCCAAAUAAUGGUCAAGGAUAACGCAGGAAAAAUUAGACCAUCGUUCAAUGUAGUACCUCUAAGUUCCUAUGUGAAACCUGACCCUCCAGAUAUUAAAAAUCUUUCCUUCAAAAAUGACGGCUUGUAUGUGGAAUGGAAAAAUCCAGAGAAUUUUGAGAGCAAAUGCUUACUUUACCAACUCGAAAUCAAUAACAGCCACGUUGUUUCAGAAAUCUUUCCUGUUAAAGAGAUCAAAUGUCAGAGUUCAGAGGAUAGAAUCUGUUUCAUGGUACCCAGUAUUCUUCCUGAUACUUUGAACACCGUCAGAAUAAGAGCCAGAACAAGUAAAUUCUGCUAUGAAGAUAACAACCUCUGGAGUAACUGGAGUCGAGCAAUGAGUAUAGGUAAGAAGACCAACUCCACAUUGUACAUCACUGUAUUACUCAUCAUUCCAGUCAUCAUUGCAGUUGCAAUCAUAGCCCUUCUGCUUUACCUAAAAAGGCUGAAGAUCAUUAUAUUCCCUCCAAUUCCUGACCCUGGCAAGAUUUUUAAAGAAAUGUUUGGAGACCAGAAUGAUGAUACCCUGCUCGUGUGGAUAGAUGCUGGAGGUUGGGAGUUGUACGAGUACUCUAACAGCAACUGUAACCAAUUCUUGAAAGCCUACUAUGUGCCAGGCAGUGAAUUAGGCCUAUUGUUUGGUUGAAAGGUGAUCUCCAGGAGUGGCUUCUGUUCCAGGUUUGAAGGAUGUCUAGCCAUAGUCUCGGGAGUUCCACCAGUCUCUGUCAGACCAGUAAGUCUGGUCAUUUUUAUGAAUUUGAAUUUUGUUCUACAUUUUUCUCCCACCCUGUCCAGGACCUUCUGUUGUGAUCUCAGUCAGAGUGGUCAGUAGUGGUAGCUGGGUACCAUCUAGUUCUUCUGGUCUCUGGCAAAUGGAGGCAGUGGUUCAUGUGGUCCAUUAGUCCUUUAGACUAAUUGUUUCCUUGAGUCUUUGAUUUUCUUCCCCUCUUAUUUGCUCCAGAUGGGAAGAGACCAAUAGUUGUAUUUUAGAUGGCCACUCGAAGCUUUUAAGACCCCAGAUGUUACUCAGCAAAGCAGGAUAUAGAAUAUUGUCUUUAUAAACUAUGUUGUGCCAAUUGACCUAGAUGUCCCCUGAGACUAUGGUCCUAAGCCCUCAAGGCCAAUGACCCAGUACCUCAAGGUGUUUGGUUAUGACUAAGACGUUUUCAUAACUUUGCCCCCUGUGGACUCUACUGUAUACAUGGAUAUAUUUGUAGUACAUACAAAUACGUAUGUAGAAAUAUCCUCUGCCAAGCCUAUAUAUGCUUGCCUAUGUACUCCCAUAUGCCAUCCCACACCUGUUCAACUUACAUAUCUACCUGUGUAUCCAUUUGUAAAUUAUUGUUUGUUAUUACAGGUUUGUGUAUGUAACAGUAUUUACCAUUGUUUCCUUUUACUCUUGUGUUCCUCCCAUUGUCUUCCUUUGCUUUGGUCAUGUUGUGCUUACAUCCCCCUUAUUGUGUAUUGCUUUCCCUUCACCAAAGUUAAUACGUGUCUACUAUCUGGCUAGUGAUUUUCCUGCCUUUCCCUUCCCAUCCCUGGUAACCAUCAAAGAAUGUUUCUUUCUGUGCAUAAACCUUUUCUUUACCUUUUAUGAUAGUGGCCUCACAGAAUAUUUGUCCUUUUGUGAUUGACUUAUUUCAUUCAGCAUAAUGCCCUCCAGAUUCACCCAUGUUGUGAGAUGUUUUGUGGAUUUGUUAUACUUUGACGUUGUGUAGUAUUCCAUCGUGUGUAUGUACCAUAGUUUGUUUAUCCAUUCAUCCAUUGAUGGGCACUUAGGUUGUUUCCAUCUUUUUGCUAUUGUGAACAAUGCUGCAAUGAGCAUGAGUGUGCAUAUAUCUGUUCAUGUAAAGGCUUUUAUUUCUCUAGGAUAUAUUCCAGGGAGUGGGAUUGUAGUUCUAUUUCUAGCUUUUUAAGGAAGCGCCAAAUCGAUUUCCAAAGUGGUUGUACCAUUUGACAUCCCCACCAGCAGUGUAUAAGUGUUCCAGUCUCCCCACACCCUCAUCAGCAUUUGUUGUUUUUCUGUUUUUUUUUAAUCAUUGACAUUUUUGCCAGGGCACGAUGAUAUCUUUGUUGUUGUUCGGGGUUGCAUCUAAUGGCUAAUGAUCACAAGCAUCUCUUCAUGUGUCUGUUGGCCGCUUGAAUGUCUUCUUUGGUGAAGUGUCUGUUCAUGUCCUUUGCCCACUUUUUAAUUGGAUUGUCUUUUUGUUGUUGAGAUGUUGAAGUUGUCUAUAAAUUUUAGAAAUUAGUCCCUUCUCAGAUAUGUCAUUGCCAAAGGUUUGUUCCCGGUCUGUAAGUUCUAUUUUUAGUCUUCUGGUAAAGUCUUUUGAUGCAUGUAAGUGUUUAAUUUUUAGGAAGUCCCAGUCAUCUAGUUUAUCUUCUGCUGUUUGUAUAUUUUUAGUUAUUUUUGAGUCUGUUUAUAAGCAACAUGUGUCUUUAAAAAUGAAGAAUGUUUUCCUAAAUUAUCAUUACUGUUCUUUAAAAAUGAAUUAAUUCGUGAAUUUGAUCUCAUACUCAGUCCAUAUUCAAAUUUUUCCAGUCAUCCCUAUUAUCAGGAAACACCUAUUUAGUUGUCACACUGUUAGGGUUGCUAAGAUUGAUCCCGUAUUUAGGGUGAUAACAGCGUGCCCCCUGUACCAUCUUCACUUGUUUUCCCUCUUGCCACCUGAAGAUAAUCUGUGUGGUGUUAUGUUAGCACUCCCAUCAGCUCUUCAGCUAAUUCAUUUUAUACUAGUUGAUAUCCUCGCCGGAAUCAAUGAUUUCUUUAGGGGUUGUGAAAUGAUAGUUUUUCUCAUUUCAUCUACAUUGAUAAGCUGGCAUUUUUCUGUAAAGCACUACUUCCCAUCAUCAACUGGACUCUGGACAUUCUGAAAUUCAGUUCCUGCUAGGAAAGCAGGAUACGUGUUUCUUUCCUUUAAAUUAUAUCUUUUUAAAGCGAGGAGUUGGAUUCAUAGCCACCUGAAAGGGUACCAAAUUAUUCCCCUCUAUGCCACACUCCACUUUUUCUUUUUUUAAGCUGUUAUGAUUUUAAGACAUGAGGAUCUACAAUUCAUAUUGUAUAACUUCCUCUUUUGAAUAUUGAUCUGACAUGAACUAGGACAUGAAAUUAGUUGACUUGUAUAUAAAAGCUUCAGUAUUCUUGCAUGGUGCUUAGGUACAUUAAACUCCCAUUCAUUUCUAUGGAAAAUUUACUGUGGAAAAUAUCUUAACCAAAUCUUGCGACUUGUUGUUCCACUACACUACUGCAUUUGUUUAUUUCUUUAAAAUAUAAAAGCCUAUGUAAAAAGCUGGUUUUCUAGGAUUAGAUGACUAACAACUGAAAACCAGUUAUGUUAGUCUCAGGAGUGCUGAUUUGUCCUCAUUAUUGAUGUUUUUCAUCUAGAAGCCAGUAUUCUAUUGUUGAUUGCCUUGUUUUAAAAAUUGGUCAUGUCAUGGAGGAACCUGGAAGGCAUUAUGCUGAGUGAAAUUAGUCAGUUGCAAAAGGACAAAUAUUGUAUAAGACCACUGUUAUAAGAACUUGAGAAAUAGUUUAAACUGAGAAGAAAACAUUCUUUCGUGGUUACAAGAGGGGGGAGGGAGGGGCAGUGGGAGAGGGACAUUCACUAAUUAGAUAGUAGAUAAGAACUAUUUUAGGUGAAGGGAAAGACAGCGCACAAUACAGGGGAGGUCAGCACAAUUGGACUAAACCAAAAGCAAAGAAGUUUCCUGAAUAAACUGAAUGCUUCGAAGGCCAGCAUAGCAGGGGCAGGGGUCUGGGGACCAUGGUUUCAGGGGACAUCUAAGUCAAUUGGCAUAAUAAAAUCUAUUAAGAAAACAUUCUGCAUCCCACUUUGAAGAGUGGCGUCUGGGGUCUUAAACGCUAGCGAGCAGCCAUCUAAGAUGCAUCAAUUGGUCUCAACCCACUUGGAUCAAAGGAGAAUGAAGAACACCAAGGACACAAGGCGAUUAUGAGCCCAAGAGACAGAAAGGGCCACAUGAACCAGCAAUUACUUCAUCCUGAGACCGGAAGAACUAGAUGGUGCCUGGCUACAACCUAUGACUGCCCUGACAGGGAACACAACAGAGAACCCCUGAGGGAGUAGGAGAGCAGUGGGAUGCAGACCCCAAAUUCUCAUAAGACCAGACUUAAUGGUCUGACUGAGACUAGAAGGACCCCAGUGGUCAUGGCCCCCAGACCUUCUGUUGGCCCAGGACAGGAACCAUUUCCAAACCCAACUCUUCGGACAUGGAUUGGACUGGACAAUGGUUUAGAGAGGGAUGCUGGUGAGGAGUGAGCUUCUUGAAUCAGGUGGACACUUGAGACUAUGUUGGCAUCUCCUACCUGGAGGGGAGGUGAGAGGGUGGAGGGGGUUAGAAGCUGGCGAAAUGGACAGGAAAAGAGAGAGUGGAGGGAGAGAGCGGGCUGUCUCAUUAGGGGAGAGUAAUUGGGAGUGUGUAGCAAGGUGUAUGUGGGUUUUUGUGUAAGAGACUGACUUGAUUUGUAAACUUUCACUUAAAGCACAAUUAAAUAAAUAGAGCAAAAAAAAUUGGUUGUAUAAGGAUCAAAUUAUGGAGUGGCAGUUUGGUGGAUUUAUUUUUUUUUCUACAAGUGAUUUUAAAAUUAGACUGGCACGUCAUUUACAAAAUUGGAUAAUAGGUUUAGAGCCUUUGCAUUUAUUCCUUGUACCUUGCAUGGCUUUGUUCAUAGAAGCAGCACCCAGAAGAAGAGCUUGGUACUGAUAAAGGGCGGAAAUGAAAGAGUAAUCCACGCUUUAGGAAUUGAAAAGGGCAAUUGAAAAGAUUAAUAUAUUCUUUGAAAAUUAUGCUGCAGUGUUCACCUCAUUGAAACAGAUUACUUGUUUCCUGUCCAGCACAGCUCAGCAGGAGGUCUAAUGACCAGAAACCAGUGAAAGUGGAAUUUUCAGGGUUCGUUUUUCAAAAUAAAAUAUUUUUCUUUUAAAUGCAUGCAAAUAUUUCAAGAAAAUUUUUAAGUGGAAAAGUUAGAAAUACAUAUAAUCCAGAGAAAAUAAAAUCACUCUUAGUCCUGUCAUUAGACAUAACCAUAUUUAAUGUUAUGUGAACAACAGAGAGAAAUAAAUGCCGUUACCGAUAAAUGGAAUAAAACCCAGUGCCGUUGAGUCGAUUCCGACUUAUAGCGACCAUAUAGGACAGAGUAGAACUGCCCCAUAAUGUUUUCAGGGAGCGUCUGGUGGAUUCGAACUGCCAACCUUUUGGUUAGCAGCUGUAGCACUUAACCACUAUGCCAGUAGGGUUUCUGAUAAAUGGAAUAGUAACAGCAAUACUAAGAGCUCAUUCUCAUUGAACCUUUACUAUAUACCAGAUACUUUUCUAAGCGCCAUGCAGAGGUGAGGACCUAUUAUCUCCAUGUAUACCGAUGGAGAAGGUGAGACACCAAGGGAUCAUGUGUAAACUUGCUCGAUGUGACACUGCUAGUACAUAACAGAGCUAAGAUCCAAAGUUCACAAGUAGGAGAGCUGGAAUCUGAACCCAGCCAUCCGGAUUCUCCAGGCCAUACUUUUAACCAGUCAUAUUAUGCAAUAUGUUUUAAUAAAAUGAUCAUAUUUGAUGAGAAAAAAUGAACUGAUGAGAAAGAAAUAGAACUGAAGGAACUUCUGAACUUUAGUUAAAUUAUAAGAUAAUUUUUACUGAUUACUGAAAAGAGCAAAUUUUUUUCAGUAUGUUCUCCCUAUUCUCUCCCCCUUUUUUAAGUUGUGUAGUAUCUGUAUUGUCAGCAUAUGUAGCCAUUAUAUACAAUAUUAUCUCCGCCUUUAUAGCCUUCAUUUAGUGUUGCUUCUAUGUUUGGAUGUAUAGUAAUACUUACUACCAGUCUUUAUGUCAGUGUCCCUCCAGUCAUUUUGGUCGUCUGAAGCUCUAGGAGAUUCCUCAGGAAGGACUCAAUGGACCAGCAUUUCCUGAAUUAUUUACAUGUUGAUGGAGUUUGCUGCAUUUAUAAUUGAAAGUCAUUUUGGCUAGAUGUAAGAUCCGUGGUUCACACUUUCUUGUUUGUUGUAGUUGUUAGCUGCCGCUAGGUCGGUCCCCAACUCAUGGCAACCCCAUGUGUUACAGAGUAGAACUGCUCCAUAGGGUUUUCUUGGCUGUAAUCUUUAUGGAAGCAGAUCACAAGACAUUUUCAUCAGAGAAGCUGCUGGGUGUGUUCAAACCAAUUAAAAACCACUUGUGUCACCCAGAGUAUCUUAAAUUAAAUAUGUCCAUUUUUUUUUCCUGGCAUAAGAUGUUGUUUUCAAGGUCUGCUGAUAAUGUAGUAAUUUUCUUUUUUGUAUGAAACACUUUUUUUUUCUUAAAGUCCAAUAAUUUUACAAGAAUUUAGCUUGGUGUUGGUCAUUCUGGGUUGAUUUUUCUGAGAUAUUUGUGUCUUUUCAGUAUAUAGUUUCAAAUCCUAAGGUUUUUUUUUUUCCGGUAAAAAUUUUCUUGACUUACAGACUUUAGUUAUUCUGAUCCCUUGCUUUCUUUGCCUGCCUUCUAUAUUUGUCACAUCCUUUUGAAUCAUUUUCAUCCAUCUUCAUUCCUCUUUGAUUAAGAACCUCUUCCUUUUGUCUUCUAUUUCUUUUAAGGUAUUAUCUGUUGUGUUUAUUUACACUUGUGUCUUUCUAGCUUAGAUUUCAUUUCUGAAAUGAUUAUUUUCUUGUAUUUCUAAUUCUUUUUUUAGUUUUAUCAUCUCAUUUCUGAGUUGUUCUGAUUCUGAUUUAUGAUAUUCUUCCAUAUCAUGUAAUUUUUUUUUUGUAUCAUGUAACUUCUUAAUGUGUUUUAAAGUAUUAGAUUAUAGUGUUCAUCUAUUUUUUGUGGACCUAUCUUUCUGGCAUGUUUUUAUUCUGUAAAAAUAUUAUUCUGUUGCUCAUUUUUACAUAAAAUUAAUCUCCCGGGACUUUUAGGAGACUUUCUGGCAUGUUUUUAUUCUGUAAAAAUAUUAUUCUGUUGCUCAUUUUUACAUAAAAUUAGUCUCCCGGGACUUUUAGAAGGAGACUUGAUUUAGGAUAGUUUUUUCUCUGCUAAUUUUAUGGCUAGAGAAUUCCACAUUCUGUUGUUUUUGAGAAUUGUUCAAAAGUCUGGUAAAUUACUUAUUGAAAUCUCCUGGCCCUGUACCUCUACUUUUAUCUGGACUUUUCUUUUUUUGUCUCUCUUAUCCCUGUCCUGCUCAAUUUAGUGUCUAUUCCCAUUGGUUUCUCCUCUGAGCAAGGCUUUGAUCUGGAAGGGAGCUUUAGAUGAUUAGUUUUGAGAGUUCAUGGGGCCUAGACUGCUCCCAGACUGUAUCAUGCACCUCUUCUUCACUCAAUCACUAUUUGAAGGUGCAAGCCCUUCCUACUUUCAGUUGUUGUUCAUAAAUUAGCUUGCUGAGGUUUGAAUGAGUUAUUUGAGAGUUCUCAGGUCUAUCAGAUGCCCUGUUGAUUCCCUCUACAUAUUUUUCCACAGCGGAUACCAUGUUGGUAUCGUAACUAUCUGUGGUUUGUCCUCACCCACGCAUAUGUUGGGGCUCAUGGGGGAAUCUUUUUCAUCUGGUUUUGACAUAGAUUAUGUCUGUCGAUUGUGGUUUUGCCUUCCUACUUGCCCUUCUUGCUUUUCUUACUAAUUUUUUUGUUAAGGCGGCAUCUGGGGAGAUUCAAAAGCUAUGCUGCUACCACACCUUCCUUCCAGAAUUUCUCUCUUAUAAUAGGGAAUCUGCAAACUAUGUAUCCUGUGGACCAAAUCUUGCCCACCAUUUGUUUUUGUACAGGCUCUGAGCUAAGAAUGGUUUUUAUAUUUUUGGAUAGUUGAAAAAAAUCAAAAGAAAAAUACUAUUUCAUGGCUCAUGAAAAUUAUAUGGAAAUCAAAUUUCAGUGUCCACAAAGUUUUAUUGGAACACAACCACACCCGUUCACUUAUGUAUUUUCUAUGGCUGCUUUCAUGCUGCAACAGCAGAGUUGAGUUGUUGGGACAGAGACCGUAUGUGCCUCAAAGUUGAAAAUAUUUAUUAUCUGGCCAUUUACAGAAAAUGUUUGCUGACCCCUCUCCUAUAAUAUAGGGACCCUGGUGGUGCAAUGGUUAAGUGCUCGGCUGCUAACCAAAAGGUCAGCAGUUCGAACCCUCCAGUGCUCUCGUAAAGAUUACAGCCUAGGAAACCCUGUGGGGCAGUUUUGCUCUGUCACUGGGGUCACUCGGAGGCCAUAUCGACUUGACAGCACCUAACAACAACAAUCCUAUAAUAUACUUUUUUUUAAUGGCUAAAUAAUAUUCCAUUGUGUGAAUGUGUCAUAAUGUACUUAACCAAGUGCCUAUUGUUGAAUAUUUAGGUGAUUUUUAAAACAUUCAUUAUUAUAGACAUCAUUUCACAGCUAAGUGCUUGUGUACAAAUUUAAUUACCUUCUUGGGAUAACAUGUUACAAGAAAGAUUGCUGGAUCAAAGGAAAGUGUAUACAUUUUAAACUCUGAUUAAUAUCGACAAAUUGUCAUCAAGAAAGAUUGUAUAAGUUAAAUAUCCAUUAAGGAUACUGGUAAGGAGCCUGGGGGGCAAAAGCAGUUUGCAGUCAACUGUUAACCUAAAGGUUGGUGGUUCAAAUCCACCCAGGGGCUCUGUAGAGGUACAGGCCUGACAAUCUGCUCCCGUAAAGAUUAUAGCCAAGAAAACCCUAUGGAGCAUUUCUACUCUAUAAAACAUCUGGUUGCCAUGAGUCUGGGGCUGACUUGAUGGCAGCUAACAAAAAUAGCAACAAAAGAAUACUAGUUAAAAAAUGGUACAUUCAUGCAAUGGAAUAUGCAGAGAUUAAAGAAAUUGAGGUAAAUCUGUUUUUACUAAUGUGUAAAAAUAUAUAACAUACGCUAUUAAAUAAAAAACCCAAGUUACAUAUACAGAGUAUGAUUUCCUUUGUAUUAAGGAAAUGUGGGGUUAGAAUAUAUACACUUAAAUUUUUCACAAGGAGCAUGGAUUACAACCAGGUUUUAUACCAGUUUAUAUAUCUACCAGCAGUAUGUAGGAAUGGUUAUUUUACCAUACUUUUGCCCACAUAGUGUUAUCUGUUUUUUCUAAUUCUUGCCAAUUUGAUAGAUAAGAAAAAGACGUUGUAUUUUGAUUUAACAUAUCAAGUUUUAUAUUUUUUCAUACAUUUAUUGGCUUGAAUUAAUUUUUUUGUUAAAUUCUUGUUCAUUGUCCAUUUUCCCUGCAAUAUUCAUAUUUUUCUUGGUAACUUGUAAGAGCUCUUUAUAUAUCACAUAUUUACCCUUCAGCUUGUUAUAUAUGUUUGCCUUUGUGUUGUAGUCGGGGUAAUUAAUGAUGUACAAAUUUUUUUCUUUUUUUAUGCAGUCAAAUCUUUAUUUUUUAGGUGUAGAAAGCCCUUUUCUACCUCAGAUUUUUAUAAUUGUUCCUCUGUAUAUUUUUCUAGCAUGUAUUUGAUUUUUUUUUUUUUUUGCAGUUAGGUCUUUAAUCCAUCAAGAAUUUGUGUAGGCUGUGAGGUAGGGUUUACCUUUGUUUUUCAAAUGCUUAGCCAGUUGUUUCAGUGCUAGUUGUUGAAGAACUAAGCCAUUAUUCCAAGGCUAUGUAAUUUUUCUGUAUUGUUUUAUAUUAGAAAUCUGUGCAUUUUACCUUAAAAAAAUCAGGAUUACUGAGGUAUAAUUUACAUAAAAUAAAAUUCACCCUUUAAAAGUGUACAGUUCAAAGAGUUUUGGCAAAUGUAUGCAGUUGUGUAACCAACUACCCCAAUUAAAUGUGCAGUGUAAAGAAAAUAAAGGCAAGAAUUAACGUCCGAGUGAAACAGUUGAAAUAAGAAAAGCAUGUCACCCUUUUUUUCCUUCUUCAAAAGAUUUUGUUUCUAAUUUUAGAAAGGUCCAAAUUUGUUUAUCUCUUGAGACAGUCAUUUAACCUCAUAUAAUACUCCCGUGCUUUUUUCCCCUUUAGUAUUAAUUCCUGAUUGUUUGGUUUCAUUAACUGUUCAAACGGAUGAAGAUUCUUAGGUUUAAAAAAAAGGGGGGGGGCAGGAAAACGUACACUCAUGGUUCCAUGCACAUAGGCAAAAAAUAAGCAUUGGUUGUGAGUACUCAGGGAAAAAAUACUGUUUAAGAAGUCACUGUAUGUGCGUUUUUUUUUUUUUCCUUUCUUCUAGCACUGGAAGAAGUAUGACAUCUAUGAAAAGCAAACCAAAGAAGAAACUGACUCUGUAGUGCUGAUAGAAAA